AUGGCUCAACGACAGAAACCAGCCUUCUACCCCGAUCUAAAAGACCAGGUAGCUCUCGUGAUCGGAGCAGGUCAAUCCGGUGAUCCCAACUCCAAGGUCUGGGGAAACGGAGCCGCAAUCGCGAAGACCCUAAGUUCCUCCGGGGCCCGAAUCAUCGCCUGCGACUUGAACCUCGAAGCAGCGAAACGGACAGCCCAUCGCAUCCAAGCGGAUGGCGGAUUCUGCAAGACCCACCAACUCGACGCUACCAACGCGGUCGACAUCAAGCGAGUCGUGGAUGCCGUGGUCACAGAAUACGGCCGCAUCGAUAUCCUCAUCAACAAUGUCGGCCUCACAAAGACAGGUGACCCCGCAACCAUGCCCGAGGAAGCAUGGGACGCACAGUUCCAGCUCAAUCUGAAAACAGUCUAUCUGGCCUGCAGGGCUGUGCUGCCCAUUAUGGAGAGGCAAGGCUCCGGAUCGAUUGUCAACAAUGCAUCGGUUGCCGGUAUGAGAUUUCUUGGAAAGCCUCAGGUUGCAUAUGCCACUGCGAAGGCGGCAGUCAUUCACUUUACCAAAAUAACAGCUGUAAUGUACGCGAACAAGGGGGUGCGGGUCAAUUCUGUGUCUCCGGGUAUGAUAUAUACACCUCUACUGGAGAUGCUGGGGAAUAGUGAUUCACCGGAGGAUCGGGAGAUUCAUCAGAAGAUUACGGACCAUAAUGUGCCUCUGGGCUGUAUGGGGGAUGCAUUUGAUGUUGCGAAUUGUGUGGCAUUCCUGGCCAGCAACUCGUCUCGCUAUGUUAUUGGACAGAAUUUGGUCCUUGAUGGGGGUUUGACGAGCUCGACAGGGACUGGGGGUGUUGCCCCAUUAUCUCGGCUUUGA